UACAUUUAAAUCUCUUAAAUGUUCGUCCUUCUCUGUUUUCCUCAGAACAAAAGUGAGUUUUUACAGAGAAAGAGUCACUUAUUUCUGUCGCCUGCGCGUUUCACGAAAGUUUCACACAAUGGGAUCGAGUGAGAGCAAACUCGCUGUGGCACCUCCAGAGACAAAGCCCGUGCUGCCAUUUAAAGCAGCCAGAGUGCAGGAGCUGCUGGACCCUCGCUCUCCAUCUGCAGGCAUCGACCGCACCCCCAUCGAGGUUUGCGAUGCUGCUAAAAGUUCUGCUGAAAUGAAAAGGUUUUGUCCUCUAGCAGAGACGGACCCUCGCUCUCCUUCAGUCGGCAUCACUCGAACUCCAGCCAGAGAAGUUAUGAGAGCUACAGUCGGCACUUUGGCACGGCGGUUGGGUUUGCUUUUCCACAACGACACCGAGAACAAAACCCAUCAAAACAAUGUCACAACCGCAGAAGAGGAGGAUGAAGACGACUCCAAACCCGAGGAGAUCGCGUCCACGGAGCCUAUUCUGACCCCACGACCCUCCGACAUCCUCAGCUCCCCGGAUACCAACACCACGACGCUCGACACGCCUCAGCCGCCCCCUCCCCAAACUACAGACAGCCCGUUCGUUCACCUCGCGGACCCGCAGUUUGAAGUCGAGCUAGAAACUGAACCAGAUUUCAGUCUAGAGGAAGCGGAGGAAGCCAGGGAAACUCCACUUCACAAGAGGCUGAGUUUGAGUCUCAUAGCGUGCCACGAGGGAUCGGCUUCGUCACAAAUCUACGAAGACGUAAGCAACGACAGCUUUGCGAACAUAGAGCGUAGUGACACGAAACCGCCGGUUGAGGAGGAUCAUUCUUACGCCGUUCCUUCAAUUUCAGUGCAGUCUCCCGUUGAGCCGAGUAUUCCCGAUGACGUGAACGCCAACGACGCAGCCGUAGUUUCAAAAAUACCUAGUUGCUCAGAAGAGAUGGCGCCCAGUUUACCAGAAAAAACAAAACGAGCUGAAAUUGCGAAGGAGCCGAACGCGCCGCAAGAAUCCAAAGCUGAAACGAACGCCCCGAGCCCGCGUCCCAACCACAUCCGCUGUCCCACCAUAGAUUCCAAGAGCCCCAGUCAGAUCGUGUUUAAGCCUCAGUGGUUGGCUAAAGGGUUCGGGGGAGCGGGUCAGAGGGUCCGAGCGCAGGGAGGAAAAGGCGGGUCCUCGCCUCUCGCGCUGCACGUGGCUGUGAAGAAGGUGGCCAACGAGAAUAAAGGGCAGACUGGAAAACCAAAGUCCAAAGGUAAUGAAGGUCGCUCUCCUUUACAAAUCCUCAAAGAGACCAACUCCCCUCGAGGGCAGCGCGCUCAGAUGAAGUUAAAGACGUCGACUCCCGAAAGGCGUCGAAGUGCCCACGGUGAACGCAGAGUUUUGGCCGUGGCCGUGGACAAAGAAAAUCGAUGACUUGAUCUGUCGUUUUAAAACAGGCUUUUAUAUUUGUACAGUUUUAUCUGUUUGUAAAGUCAUUUCCUCUGUAAACCAGCAUCGCUUUUACUUUUUCUAUCGACUCAAAUAAAUUAAUGUGUACAGA